AUGACGAUAUCAGGAGACCCCAUAGUCAAGGUCGAGGCGGCAGCCAUCAACGGCGUCAGCGAUGGUAGCAAGAAACGCCCCUAUCUUGUCUUUUGCUCGGCGCCUGCCUCGGGUCAUUCAUUCCCUAUAUUGCAGAUCGCCGCAGAGAUGAUCCAACGAGGAUUCGAGGCAACCUACAUCGCCGGUGAAGAGUUCCAGCCCCAGAUCAAGCGCAUGGGUGCCGAAUUUGCUCCAUUGCCCAACAUCUUGACGCCAGAGAUGUUUGAGGCGCGCGAAAAGGUUCCCUCCGGCAACGCUCGCCUCAUGUGGGACCUUAGCAACAUCUUUAUUCGGUGGGUGCCCAUACACUUCCGCGUGUUGAUGGACACGCUCGCGAAGAUCCGCGAGAAGCGCCCAGACCAGCAGGUCAUCAUCGUCCACGAGUCAUUUUUCAUGGGCCUCACCCCCAUGAUGCUGGGAGCCCCAUUGCCAAAGGGAUACCCCACUAGGCCACCCGUUGUCGAUGUCAACGUAGCUCCUCUCGUCGGCACAAGCAUUGACACCGGGCCGUUUGGGCCUGCUCUGCCUCCUGACUCGACCGAGUCCGGCCGCGCGAGGAAUGCGCUCCUCAACAGCAUGUUCUUCGGCCCCAAUGGGCCUUUCGCUGAGCCAGCGAAAGAGUACAACGCGAUCGCCAAAUCGCUCGGUGCAACAAAAGAGCUUUCACCCGACUUGUUCGGAGCAUGGCAGUCCAGCUACGAUGUCACGCUGCAAAUGUGCACGCCGAGCCUCGAGUAUCCCAGAUCGGACCUCCCGGAUGUCAUCAAGUACGCAGGGUGCCUCCCGCCCAAACCGAUCGACCCCAACUACAAAUAUCCGGAUUGGUGGAGUGAUAUCACGGCUGGCAACAAAAAGAUCGUUGCCGUUGCGCAGGGCACCGUCGUGCUAGACUACACGAAUCUUGUGAUCCCCACGUUCCAGGGCCUAGCCCACCGCGACGACAUCAUCGUUGUCGCUAUUUUGGGCAAGAAGGGCGCGACUUUGCCUGAAGAAGUAACAGUACCGGCCAAUACGAGAGUUGUGGACUUCAUCUCAUAUGAUGCGCUACUCAAAUAUGCCGAUGUGUGGGUUAUGAAUGCUGGAUAUGGCGGCUUCAUGCAUGGCGUAACCAAUGGGGUCCCCAUGGUCCUCGGUGGUGAUUCUGAAGACAAGCCCGAGGUUGCGAUGCGAGGGCAAUGGGCGGGGGUGGCAUACAACCUCAAGACGGGCAACCCGACAUCGCAGCAAGUUGCCGACGGCGUUGAAGAAGUCCUUAGUAACGGUGAGUACAAGAAGCGAGUGAUGGAGAUCAAGAAGGAGAGCGAAGAGUUCAAGGCUUUGGAUGUUGUGGAGAAGCAUAUCUGGGCAUACGCGGAUUCUGCGUAG